UGCAAUACACAGUCUCGGUUCAAGCGAUUAGCGGAUUGUGUACGCAUUUUGUGUAUUGAAUUUGAUCAGCUGUCCGUGGCUAUUGUCCGGCUAUAGUGUUGACCAAUGUAUUUUGAAGACUGGUAUCGAUGAAUUCAUGCUCAAUAGAUGUGUAUUGGGUAAUACAUGACCUAGACACUAUCGUCUAGACGGUUGACCGAGUUAGCUGUGCAUUACUGUGCUGUGCGCCAUAUUGCCAUUAUUGGUGCACCGCGAUACAAAAUGAAGGUGUUUUAACAUGGAUUUGUGGAUAAAAGGUCCCUCGAUCACAGCCUUUGUGAUCUGCCUGUUGUUUAUAGGGACCACUCAUGGCGAGCCAACAUUUUGCGCCUACCGGGAUGACAGUUACACGCUUAACAAGACAGUUGGUCCACCGAUGCACGAUGGACAUGUUGCAGACUUCUACCAAUAUCUUGAGAGACAGUGGCAACGUCAUCGUGGUGUGUUCAAGGUCAAUGGCUACGAGCAGUGUCCCGACACUGAGGGCACAAGCCAUUGUUAUACCCUCUGGUUGAAUCCGUCCAGCGGGCAGGAGAAACCGGUUGUUGUCAAACAAGGUUGUUGGAAUAAUCCAACCACAGAAGUCCUUGAAGACUGUCGAGCGUCGCGAUGCCGGUUCUCGACCUCAGAUACGACGCGUGUGUCGCAGCUGAAUUACUGCUGCUGUACAGGGAACAAGUGUAAUGACGAUAAUCAUACUGACAUUGUAACCUCACAGGGGAAGGCUCCAUAUAAGGCCGUAAGCACGCAGGACAACCAGAGGCAGGAAGAUAAAGGGAAAGAUGGAAAAAAUGGACUUAUGAUGUGUUCGUUCAAAAGUCCUGAAUCUGUGGCAGGGAAAAUGACGGAAAAGAAUGGAAUGGGCGUAAUACAGCCGGACGGAAAAGCGACAAAAUGUCCGCCAGAGACAAACUACUGCUUCACAUAUUACCAGGUGGACCAGGCGAACAAGUCCAAACUAACCAUCAAGUAUCAAGGUUGCUGGAAUGACCAGGACGACAAGGGGAGUUGCGAUUCGAGCCAGUGUAUUCCGUAUGUUCACUCCUACCACUCGCACAAGCAGAACAACUCACACUUCUGCUGUUGCUAUGGCAACAUGUGCAAUAACAACAUAUCAACGGACGUGGUGCCUAUGUUAAUCAACCACACCACAGAUUCUUCAGGGCCAGUGACUCGUCAUUUACGGGACCCCUCCUAUAAGGAGCGAACCAUAAUGAUCUCGCUGUUAUCUGUGUUUUCCCUCGCGAUCGUGGUGCUGGUUUUAUACCUGGUGUACAGAUUCUGUCUCCAACCCCCACGGCCUCCGAACACUGCUACAUCGUCAACAGACGACCAACAGACACCUGCGUUCGAUAUUGACGAUCUUAAAAUCAGCUGCCUUAUUACUAAGGGCAGGUAUAGUGAAGUGUGGAAAGGUUCGCUACAGGAACAAGACGUUGCUGUCAAAAUUUACUCGCCAGCAUACAAGCAGUAUUAUUACAAUGAAAAGUAUAUAUAUUCGCUCCCUCACAUGGAGCACGACAAUGUGAUAAAGUUUUUCGGCGGGGAAGAAAAGAUACUUGAGGACGGCAGUGUUCAACACCUGCUCGUAUUGGAGUAUGUUCCGGAUGGUACCCUCGUCAACUACCUGAAGAACAACACGCUGGACUGGUUCACGAUGUGUAAAAUGUGUCAGACACUCGCACGUGGAAUGUCACACCUUCAUACUGACCAGGGAUCGGGAGAGUCUUUCAAAGCGACUGUAGCCCACAGGGACCUGAACAGUCGCAAUGUGUUGAUAAAACCGGACCUGAGCUGCGUGAUAGCAGACCUCGGCUUCUGUAUGACGGCCAUGGGCUCCAAACUCAUUCAGAAGGGGCGCACGGAAAAUGCCGAACAAACUUCUCUCACUGAUGUGGGUACAUUACGCUACAUGGCUCCGGAGUUGCUAGAUGGCGCUGUGAAUCUGCGCGAUUGUGAGGCUUCGUUAAAACAGAUUGACAUGUACUCAUUUGGUCUCGUGAUGUGGGAAAUUGCCUCUCGCUGCUCAGAAUUGUACCAAGGUUGUCCAAUGCCAGAAUUUGGCCUGCCGUACCAGGCUGAGGCUGGGAACCAUCCAACGUUUGAAGAGAUGCAGCUGCUAGUAUCCCGUAACAAAGUGCGACCCAAGUUUCCCGAGGUCUGGAAGGAAUACAACCAGGCUGUGCGGGCGCUUAAGGAGACAAUAGAGGAAUGCUGGGAUCAGGACGCAGAGGCUCGACUCACCGCGCUGUGCGUGGAAGAACGUAUCGUCGAGAUGAAGACACUGUGGACACAUGACUCCCGCAAUAAGGCCAACAAAGGUAUGACACCAACAAUCAACACAGCCCUACUGACUCAUCCUACCCAGGGUCCACGACCGGGUUACAACGGGAGCGGACACACCCAGUGGGGCGGACUCAGCUCAACCUCCGACUCCACAGCACCCAAUGUCGUCGCCGAGGGCAACACCUCCGGGCACAUUAUAAACGAUAUACGCAACAGCACAGGCCUCCUCAGGCAAAGCGAGUCAACUUCUGCGCUGUCAGAAAACUGGAACGGUGAGCGUCGGGGUAGUUUUUCAACUUCGACGAUGGAGACCACCCUGGCUGUCACGCCUGCAGACUCCCUUCCAAGUCACCCCAAGUCACAGAACAUUAACGCCAUGAUGAAUCAGCCGGUACCGCGAAACCAGGGCAGGAACCCAAUUACAGAGAGAAAUACACAUAAACGCAGCGAUGAGGAACUGGCUGUCGUUGGCAACAAUCUCCUGUAUGGUAAAGACCAAAAUGGGCCUGAUCAGUCUCGGAACACAGACAGUAUACUAGAGAGCUUUACGGAUAGUCUCGAGACCUCGCUAAUGCAGCAUGACUCACUAAACCACAAUCGUUCCCCACCCUCAACCCACAAUCAUAACCAGCAAAACAUUAACCCUGGGACACGAACUGAGCUGCCCCCCAAGGUUUUUAAUAAUCCAGACACCAGACAUGAGCACAUGAAUGGAGGGAAAUAUUUGAAUAGGGCGAAUAUAAGUAGUAAUAAUAAAACAGCAACACCAAAGGUUGUCAAAAAGUCAAAGGAUAUUGGUAUUCUUGGCCAUAUUGCCUUGUUUGGUAAACUUGCAUUUGGUGGUAGACUUGAUCGUAAGAGAAGUUCUAGUGAAUCGGACAAUGCCGCUGGUCGGAUGGAAAGCGGGAGAGUGUACGAGAGUGGUGGAAGGCAGAACCCUAUGUUCGAACCAUCACAGACAUUUGAGACAGAGGUACGAAUCACCAAUAACGGGCCAGUAGUGCGGCCGGCUCAGUUGCAGAAUAAGGUCAGCAAUUUGAGAAACGUGGACACUUCUCAUUCGAACGUGAACCGAGACAUCCAUAGGUUUAGUUUGGAAAUAGAGAGCCAGGAUAGUAGCGAUCCUGAGCUACAGAGCGAUUCACCCAUCAUAAGCAGGCACCGUGUAGCGCCCUACUCUAAAAGCACGUCAGACUUAAGUCCUGAGAAAACUUGUGGCUACUCAAAACUGGAAGAUGACUCGAAGCAGCCAAGGCCCAGUACUCUGUCACUAAAGGGACACAACUACGCACAGUCAGGCAAUGGGAGCAUGAACUCGUUGUCAAAGGUCAAGGGCAUGGCCAGUCAGAAGGGGUCUAACACGGGACACGAAAAGAGACCACUCCUGAAUGGAUAUAAGGUGACAGACAAUUCGACACAUUGUCAUAAAUCGGAAAAUAUCGACUCAUUUGAGAACAAAGAUGACUGUAAAGCUCUAUUCGGGAUAAAUGCUCGAUUUUCCCUCCAUGAUGAUCGAUUAAUGUCAGACAGUUCUAAAAAUCUUGGAGGCGAAUCAAGUGACUGUCGAACAAGUUCUAGCUUGAAUCAGUUUAAAUCGAUCGACGAAAGUGCACCAACGCUUACUGAUUGCACGUGUUAAUAUUCUUGAUACUGUGAGAGGUUACAGCAAAACAGUUCUAAAUUCAUCUAAUUUUAAUGUCACUGAGAACUGGAUUUUGCUUUUCACUUCGUAAUUGAAAUUGGAUUGGAUGAACAAGCCUUAAUCCUUACUAGUGCUUGCCAUCAGUUAAGUUGAACAAGCUCUGCUAUAUAAAUUCAAGAAUUCAAGCAAGCUCAGAAAGCAUUUUACCAGUUCAGGGCUUGUGGACAUGUGCUAAUUUCGACCAGUGUUUCAACUUACGAUUUUUUUGCUUUGCAGCCUGAAGUUUGUAACAGGUUUUUUUUAUUCAUGAAAUACACAGCGAUUUCUGAUAAGUUCAAAUUGUCAAUGUUGUUUUGUUUAAGGGUUUCGUAUAUUUGUUUAAAAUUGUAUGGUGAUACAAUAUUGUGUAUUUUUGAAAGUAAUGCUGUGAAUUUGAGCAAAAAAAUGUUGUAAAUGUUAGCACAAAAUCGUCAAUAUUAUGUAUUUUAAGUGUCAAUGUCUUACACUUGAAUGUACUUGGCUGGUAUUCAUAAAAAUUCUUAAGACAUUUCUUAACUUAAGUCAUCUUCCUAAAAUUAACAUAGUCAAACUAAAAGAAUUUUUUUUAAGCGUUUUAAACAUGAAAGUGUGUAUUUUGAAUCAAAUCAAUGAUAAUUAAGCAUUUCAGAUAGUAUUAAGCUAUUCUACAUGUAUCUUCUCAUUAACUUAACUUAAAAAUGACUUCAGUUACCGGUAGUUAAAACCUCAGUUAGUAAAUGACUUACGAUGUUUUACGAAUACCUGCCCAGGCUUCAUUUGACAUAGCAAGUAGUUAUUACUUUGGCUAACCAUCAUACCUACCUUGGGAAAACUGUGACAAAAUCUUGUUUAUAUGAAUAUGCAUGAGACAUGAGGGACAACUCUUCAAUGAAAUCGCAUUUUACAAUUAAAUACUCUUCAAUAACCCUGUAGUGUCAGCCGUCUCCACAGGCGAGUGGUCUUAGUUGCUGUAAUAAAAUUUGUAUUGAUCUGUUGAAAACAUUAGUAUGAUUGUCUGUGUAUAUUUCCGCAGCAAAUGAUAAAUUAUAUCCUUGUGGAACCAAUGAAACUGCCUCCUUAAUUAUUCAUUAUUAUGAGACUUUCCUGGCCAAAUCUCCCAUGGCACACAAAGAAGCAGAGAGCAGAAUAGUAUCGGGGAGUUUCCGACCAUGUAUGAAAACAGAACGAGACACUUUCAUCUUGUGUCAAGCCCUUCAUAUGUGUUUUUUAUUUGUUUUUGACAUGUUAAUAAACAUAAUUAUUCAUGGCUCACAUGUUAUAAAAAUUGCAUGUUAGGGUUACACAAAAGGUUUAAAACCAUGGUUACAUGUAUGUGCCAGGGUUGUAUGCUCAAAGCAUGUGAGAAUACAAGAUAAUGAAGGACAACUAUAUCAACACCUUUUAAAGGUUGAAAAAAAUAUACAGGAUAUUACAGGAGUGGUCAUUCAGUAUGGAAUAUGUCAAACAAGUUUUUUUUUAGGAUUGAAAGAUCAUGAAUGUGAUAUUCUAUUUGUAUGAUAAUAGUUAUUUGAUUAGUGCUAAAUACAGUAAAAUGUCGCUAUUUAGCGGGCACAUUUUCAACGCUAUUGAUUUAUGAUGUCAUGUGAAAAGUUAUAACACUAAUUAUGAACGGUCGAAACCUGUUGGCUCAAUAUUGCUUGGCUCGAUUUCCUCGUUGGCUGGAGCUUGAUGUAAAGGACCGAUUCUUUUUACUCUAUGUAAGAAUUAUGGAUCAAUAUUCACGAGGCUCAAAGUGUUUUGGCCGGUCCCUAUGAUAUCGAGCAAUCGGGUUUCGACUGUAUCAUAAAUAUAAUGGAGUUAUUUCACACUGGUGCCGUCAUUUAAGUUGUAGCAUACAAGCUUGAGUGCUAUCUAACUCGCACAAUAUGAUUAUGUGAGUGAACAUUUCAUGUUUUACACAAAAGUGCAAGCCAGUUGCCAAGAAUUUUACAUUUACAUUAAACACUUUGUUAUCGCAUUAUAUUAACUGUUUUGCAGCUUUGUGAAAGCAAAUUUGUGUUAUUUUACGUAUUUUUGUUAAUUUUGUGCUGUAUGCUUUAAGCAAAAUAGAUAUCUUGAGAGGUAGUUUUCAUUUUAGCUUUUAGUGUUAUUUUUAUUUUCCCCUGAAACAAACUAAAAAUGCUUUGAAAUUUCUGAUUAUCAUUUGACACAAUUUCAAACUAAUAGUUGAUUAAUGGAAAUCUGAUGUACAAGUAGAUGCAUUUUCGAUUGCCUAGUGACCCUCCACAGUAUUUUUCGGUAUCAUUCGAAAGGUUGUAGAGAUAAAAAAAUGUUUAUUUUAUACCCAAAAUAUAUUAACAAUAAGGUUUACUCGCCAGGAAAAAAAAUGUCAUUACACAUUAGAUUUCAUAAGAUGAAAAAUACAAACUCCAUUGACCGUUUUUUUUUCCAGUCAUAUAAUUAACAUAAUAGUAAUCAGUAUCCAAUUCCCAUUUUACUUUAGAGAUGAUAAUUUUCUUUCAACUGAUUAUAUCAUCAUUAUACUGUACAAGAAGUGUAUCACUGAUUUCAUAACCUGUACAGCAUCAUUUGUGCUUGGCUGCCUUGAAGUCUGUUGCUUUGUAAAUCUAACAUGAAAAAAUGGUCUAGCUACAUGUGCUUCUGCGGCACUAUUCAGUAUUAUUCUUAUCCUUGUCCUUAGACAUGCCUCAGUGAUUCCAUUCAGUUCAUUGGCCAGUUAUUUUUACAGUCCAAUCAAAACAAUCAGAUUCAAAUUUUGAAAUUGAGUGAAAUUUAAGUUGGUUUAAUUAGAAUACAGUUUUGGCCUUAAAUAAUUAUUAAGGCCAAAAUUAAAGAAUACAUUGCUUGGCCUUAUCGGACCCACAUUUUGAGCAGUGGGUGGCUAGUAAAGUUCUUUUUGCUCCUUAUUAAACCCCCUUAACUUAUAAAAAUAAAACAAGGAAAUAAAAUACAUGUAUGACCACCUGAAAGGCUAUAAAUAAAUAAAUAUGCCACGGAUAUUUUUGUGAGUCGGUCGGGUAAUGCCAAACAAACUUUUUAUUUAUUGUGCCCUGAUAUGUGCUUAUUCUCUAGAUUAUUUUUGUUGUGUCUUGUUCGAAAAAUAGUGGAGAAACAAUUCCUUUUUUUUCUUCAUUGCGUUUAUGUCUUUUCUUAUAAUGGCUCUUUGGUGCAAAAGUUUCUGUGCUUUUAUUUCACUAUAUGUACACCAUAUUUUCGUCUUAGAUUUUAAGCUUAUUAUUGUAGCACAUCUUAAGUUUUCAACCACUGUUAAUAUUUAUUUUCUAUGAAUUUGAGGUAUAUAUGAGAUCAUCAGAUGUCAUUUCUGCAGAAAUGAGUCUUGUAACUCAUGUUAAAACAAAUUUUAAUCAAGAUAUUUCAAAACAAAUUUAUACUAUAUGUAAAAUUAAAUUAAAUAAUCUUUUUGAAAAUUGAUAUGAUUACAUGAUAGUUAGAUGACAUGAAGAAACAGUUUAAUGAUUAAGAACGAGCGGAGUGAGCAUAGCAAACGAGCCCUUCUUAAUAAUUAAAAUAUUACUUCAGGUCAUCUAACUGUCUUAGAAUACUACCUCAUUGGCUGACACAUUGUGAAAGCGAAGACUAAUGCAGGGAGUGUGUAUCGGAUGGGUGGCAGUAGGCGGACCUUUUAACAUCUGCAAAAGUUGAAAUUCUUAAUACUUAAGCCUUGUACUUAGUGAUUGCCUAUCUUCAAUUUCAUUGGCUGCGAAUGUAGGUUGUAUUCUAAAUGUAUUUAGGGCAUUAAAUGUUGCAGAAAUGAAAACAUUCUUUUUUCUGCCAUAGGACUCAUUUUUACUAAAGACAUCAGAUAUAGUACAAUAUUCUGACAUACGGUAGCGGAGAAACUUAUGUUACUCUUAAUUUAUUUAUAUAAUUUCUUUUGGAUCAAAUUUAAGAACAAAUUAUUGAUUCAACAUUGUAUUAAAGAUUAAAAGAAAUUGUUAGUCGAUACUCAUUGAAAUAUUCCAUUCUUUGCAGUCAUGUAUUUGUUUUGAUAAAAACUAUGAAAGACAGGUGGUGAUUUCAUAUUUCAUAAUUCAAACUUUUUUUUCACUUUUCAGAGUUUCACGUUUAAUUUUUUACAGAUUCAUAAUUUUCCUUUAGAAGUGAAAUCAUGAAUUUGUGAGAGAAAAUCUUGAAUAGAAAUCGUCUUGAAGUAAGAAAUUGUGAAGUCUGAAAUCAUGAAUUUUGGGAGAAAGAUGGUGCAAUGGUGAAGUAUAAAAUCAUGAAGUGUGAAUUCUGAAAUAAUAUUUUUCUUUUCCCUUACCUAUUACAGCAUUUGUAUAAGUCUUAUAAUAUGCGUGAAUGUUCUCAAAAUGUCAAGACUUAUAUCAUUGUUGUGUACACUAAAUUACCAAAAUGCUAAAUUACUGAAAUACGACGAUAAUUAUCGAAAUACACAAGACAGUUAACGAAAUAUGCCUUAUUUACAUUUUUUUUUUACUUCAAUAUAUGUUCUAAAUUCUUUACCAACCUCGAUUUUUCGGCUCCGAUUUUGACAUUUUUCCGCUGCUUCCUAUCUUAUAUAUUAAGGGGUUUUACCCGUUUUUCCAACUAUUUUUUUGCCUGCGUCCUAUCUAUGCUAGCGUCCUAUACAUGAUAUAAUACGGUAUUUCCAUACUGUAACCUAAUCAAUGAUACCAUUUAUGUGAAAUGAUGUACAAUGAAAGACUUUAAAAGAUUGAAUUGUUAAUGCCAGACUUUCAAAGUUUUGUUUAUGUUUUCAUUAAGUAGUCGUGGAAAUGGGUUUUAAGUACAUUUAAAUGUGGUUAUAAACCUAUUUUUAUUGCUUUUUUGAUUAAGUUGCAAGGUAAGGUAUGGAGUAUGAAAUUCUGAAAAUUUUGGUUAAUGAAUUCCAAGAGAUAUUGUUCAUGAAUUUUUGAUGCUUUUGUUAAUAAUGUUGAUGGCGUUUUUAAUGAGGUCCAAGGAUGACGAUUUUAAGUAUGUAAAUGAUACAAAUAAAUAAGUUUAACACACUUAGUUUUAAAUCAAGAAAUCAAUACAGUAAGAAUGCAGAUUGCAAUAGUGUUUUACACAUUUUUUUUAUAUAGAACAAAACAUUGGCAACUAAAAUAGAUCAUGUUGUGUCAAUUUCGUUGGAAUUUCAUCAUUUUUGUUAACUGUCAUAAAAUGAACCGUGUCAAGCAGAAAGAGGCCUUAUACUAUUAUUUUGAAUGACUAUGCAGUUCUGGGAUUCAGGUGAAAGAUAUAUUUUAAUUAUAAAGAAUCCUUAACUACAUUAAAAUUAUCAUGGCCCUUAAAGACAUGUUACACCAAGGGCACCAUGGGCUCAGCUGUUCUGAUUCUUCUCAAAGAAAACUAAAAUAUCAAUUUUUCCUGCUUUACAUAAUACUUAUUAUAAGUCUUAAGUCUGCUUGUUGCGGUAUUAAUGUUUUGCAAUCAUUAAAUAGUUAUUGUUUUUGAUAGAAAAACUAUAAAAAUAAUGAUGAAAAAAUGUAUUGUUAAAGAGAAUAUGUGUUACGAUUAUUUCUUUUCAAAGUGACUGAUGUAGAUGUAUUGCUGUGUGUAAUUGUGAUUAUUCUGUAUGAUAUAUAGCCAACUGCUAAUUAUAGUUACAAACAUGAUGUACCACAGUGUGUCAUUGUGUUUUUACUGUAUGAUAUAGCCAACUGCUAUUUAUAGUUACAAACACGAUGUACACAGUGUGUCAUUGUGUUUUUACUGUAUUGUAAAGCCAACUGCUAUUUAUAGUUACAAACAUGACACACACAUUGUGUAAUUGUGUUUUUACUGUAUGGUAUAGCCAACUGCUAUUUAUAGUUACAAACAUGAUGUACACAUUGUGUAAUUGUGUUUUUACUGUAUGGUAUAGCCAACUGCUAUUUAUAGUUACAAACAUGAUGUACACAGUGUGUAAUUGCAAUUUUACUGUAUGGUAUAGCCAACUGCUAUUUAUAGUUACAAACAUGAUGUUGACAGUUGUUUUCAUUGGGUUAAACCCUGCUGUCUUUCAAUUGUUACAUUUGUGAAAUUAUUGAAAAUAGAAUAUUACUAUUCAACUUUCCAAUGCUGUCAAUGAAUAAUUUAUUCUCAACCAUACCUGAAGACUGCUAUUUUUUGUAUUGCCUGCUAAGUGUUAUGGGGGAUUACUUUGCCAGUCGAGGGCUUUGUCCUGGCCAGCAUUGCAUUUUUGUUUCUGACCAAUUUCUGUUAAAAAACUUGAUGUUUGGUAUGUAAUUUUUGUAUGAAUAUAGGUCAUAGGCAGUUAAUGACCCCCAUUGUUUUGGGUUAAUAGGUCAAAGGUCAAGGUAAUGGUGAGCUUUACUAGAACAAUUACGUGCAUUGUGAUCCAUAAUCAUUGAAUGACCUUGUGUAGAGUCUUUCCAAACUUGGUAUUAUCGUUGGUCAUUGUCAGUUAAAGGUCACAGUCUUGUUGACUUUUAAUAGAAAAAAUUAUUGGCGCUACCAACAAGCAACACAUUCAAUCGGGGAAUUUUAGUUUGUACUUACAUUAAGAUGUUUUUGGUGCAUUUGAAGAAUCGUUCUUGUAUCUUUCAUGAAGAAAACACCAUAAAUAGUAUUGUCUUAACCUUGGCUUCAUUAUCAUCAGUAUGGCGCCAGGAACAAUACACAUUGUAUAACCCUGGCUUUAAGAUUUGUCCAGUUAUGCCCCUUGUUGGACAUAAAACACAGGCAAGGGUUGGUGUUUCUCCAUAGAGCUCUUGUAUGCUGCUGUUUAAAAUCAGUUAUGUCAUUGUUUUACUAGUAACAGUGAUAUAUCUAUUAAAUGUUGUCAACUUUUUUGCACUGGAAGUUAUCCAAGAUCCUUAUGCUUUCACCAGAUAUCUUACAUGUAUUUUCAGUUUUUAGAUACCUAGGUUUAAAGUUUAUUAACUUUUUGGCAUAAAGAAUACAAAUUAUGUUCAUAAGAAAUAAGUGAUACAUAGAAAAUACAAAUAUAGUUGUGCCCGGGGCAAUCUUCAAUAACCAACUUAGAUCUGACUUAAGUUUAAGAGUAGAAUCAGAGUUUUUUGAUUGGACUAUAAAAAUAACUGGGUCUGUAUUCAUAAAGUCUGAAUUUAAGUUAAUUUCUUAAAUUUUUCAUAGUCAAUUUAUAAAAGGAAAUUUUUAAGUGUUUUUGAAAUAAUAGUAUCUAUGUUCCAUUAGAUUAAUGCCAAUAAAGUAUUUCAGUCACUUUUAAAUUAUUAUAUCAUAUGAUCAGUGCGAUACUUAACUUUGGAAAAUGACUUAAGAUGGAAAUGACUUAAAGCUGCACCCUCACAGAUUUACCGUUUUUACAACUUUUUUAUUUUUUGUCUUGGAAUGACUUUUUUUUUAAAUUCCGGGGGAUUUUUAUCUCCCGCCGGGAGACCGGGGGAUGGAUCGAAAUUCCGGGGGAUUUUUCCCCCCGCCGGGGGAUAUGGCAUGUAUGGAAUGAGCAAUAUUUUUGCGUAAGUAUUUGCAAACCAGUGAUAAAAGACUGCUGACAAAAAAUCAGAUUGUAGAUUUUCAUAUUUCCGUUCAAAAAUUACUAUUUUACGGCUUAAACCAUUACUAACGGUUUAAGAAAAAUGCAUAAAACAUUAAUUUUUGAACUUAAAUAUAAAAAUCUGCGGUCUGAUUUUUUGUCAGCAAUCUUAUAUAACUGGUUUCUAUGGAUUUUCGCAAAAAAUUGCUCGUUCCAAGACAAAAAAUAAAAAAAGUUAUCAAAAUGUUCAAUCUUUAAGAUGUUUCAUGAGUUCCAGCCCAGGUCAUUUGACUGAAUAGAAUCACUAAGGAGUAUCGAAGGACAAGAAUAAUAUAAAAAAAAACUGCCCCAGAUCUGUGCAAACCACUUGUAUGCUACACAAAUAUUACAAGUAUACAAUAGACAGUGAAAAAUCAAUCUCACUUAUCUGUUUAUCAAGCAUUGCCUUUCUCUAUUAUGUGGGUUCUCUGCUUUCAUAUGCACACACUUUCAUGACAACAGUCAUUAAUAGCCAACCACAUGACAACUGACCAUAUAGGUAUCAAUUUGAAAUAGUUCAAAUCUACAAAAUUGUACAUCUUCGUUUUGUAUCAUAAAAAUUCGGUAUUGUAAUAUGAUAUCUGCUGUCAUUUAAUGUCUCAUUUUUGCCGACAGAAAGUCUAUGCAUCAUUAUAGACAGCAUUUUAGAUAAUGGAACAAUAUUGGAAUAUCUACAUACAUUUAUUCUUACAAUGACUAUAUACCAAGAAAAGGCUAUUGUUGCCAUCCUUGGAACUUUAUUCUGUUUUGGCUCAUGGGAAAUUUUACUAAGAUAAUCUUGUUUUCAUAAAUAUUAAUGUGGUGGGGGAGACAACUCUUCUUCCAAUGAAAUUACAUGUGUUAAUAUCUAAUACUUUUUAACUUCAAAGAUUUACUAUGAUGUCAUACAGGGAUUUUGUUACUUAAUAUAGAAAAGAUCAGACAGCAUAAUUUAAUUGGCUUAGAUUUGAAGUAGGUCCCCAUUUGCACCAAUGAAACUAGGAGAUACCUCAUUAACUAUUCAUGAUUACGAGAUUUUCCUAGUGCAAUGUCCUACAGUACUCGAUGAAGCAAGCAGUUACAUAGUUCAGCUUUUCUGUUGGGCCUUUGUCAAAACUAAAAAAAAUGUUUAAGAGAUUUGAAUGAAACUUGGUACACAUAUUGCCAGAGGCAAAACACAUGUACAGUAUCACCCGUAACUCUUGCUGUAAUAAUUAUUGAGUUAUGCCCCUUGUUUGACUAGAAAAAUCAACAGAUGAGCAUAAGGGUUCACUCUUCGACUCUCUUGUUGAACUUGGGUUUGAAUGAUUAAGAAAUUGACUGUUUUAGGGCAGACAGCUAUUACAGGUACAUCCGUAAUCAAUUGGAAAGGCCAGUGCAUCUAGGCAUUUACAUGUUUUUGUAAAAAUGUUUGGAUACAAUAUCAUUUAUUUAUGUGUACUUUGAUAUUGAAUAUGCCAUUGUUAACACAAAUUUCUUGGAAAUAUUUCUUCAUUGUUUUCUUAAUAAUCAAACCUGAUACAUCUGAUACAUCAUUAGGAAAUACAUGGUGUUACCUAACUGUGUGUACACAUUUAUAGCAUGUACAUGUACUCAUAUUUUUAUCAGUUUGACUGCAGCCAUGUUACCAUGGCAACCAUUUUGUUUUUUAACUGUUUUAUUAUCUCUGCUGUAAGCUGACAGUGCUUCUAAUUGUUUAGUGUUCAUGAAUAACGUGCAGAACCUGUACAAAGUAUGGCAAUAAAAUUGCUGCUUU